AUGAGCCGCCAGCUGACCCUCUUCGCCGGCGGGGAGCGUCUGGGUUUCAGCGGCUGCUCCGCAGUCCUCUCGGGCCGGUUCGGCAGUAGCCGUGCCUCGUUCAAGGCCGGGGUCAAGGGCGCUGCGCCCUUCGGCAGCCGGAGCCUCUUCAGCCUCGGGGGCAGCCGGCGCCAGGCGCGCUGCGCGGGGUCCGAGAGGGGCGGUGGCUUCUCCCUGGGCCAUGGGUGCGUGGGUGGCGGCCGCCCGGGAGGCUUUGUGGGCACCAUUUUCGGCAGGGCGGGGCUGGGGCCCGCGUGUCCCUCAGUGUGCCCGCCCGGCGGCAUCCCUCAGGUCAUUGUCAACAAAAGUCUUCUGAGCCCCCUCAACGUGGAGCUGGACCACGAGAUCCAGAAGGUGCGCGUCCAGGAGCGGGAGCAGAUCAAGGCGCUGAACAACAAGUUUGCCUCCUUCAUCGACAAGGUGCGGUUCCUGGAGCAGCAGAACCAGGUGCUGCAGACCAAGUGGGAGCUGCUGCAACAGCUGGACCUGAACAACUGUGGGGAGAAGCUGGAGCCCAUUUAUGAGGGCCACAUCAGCGGCCUUCGGAAGCAGCUGGAGACACUAUCUGGGGAUAGGGUGAGGCUAGAAUCGGAGCUGAGGAACAUGCGGGAUGUAGUGGAGGACUACAAGAAGAGGUAUGAGGUGGAGAUUAACAGACGCACUGCAGCAGAGAAUGAGUUUGUGAUGCUGAAGAAGGAUGUAGAUGCUGCCUACAUGAACAAGAUUGAGCUGCAGGCCAAGGUGGACUCUUUGACAGAAGCUAUCAAAUUCUUCAAGUACCUGUAUGAAGAGGAAAUUGCUCAGAUGCAGUCCCAUAUUAGUGAUACAUCCGUCAUCCUGUCCAUGGACAAUAACCGGGAGCUGGAUCUGGACAGCAUCAUUGAUGAGGUUCGAGUCCAAUAUGAGGAGAUCACACAGAAGAGCAAGGCUGAGGCUGAGUGCUUGUACCAGACCAAGAUCCAGGAGCUGCAAGUCACAGCAGGUCAGCAUGGGGAUGACCUCAAACUCACCAAGGCUGAGAUCUCAGAGGUCAACCGGCUGAUCCAGAGGCUCCACUCAGAGAUAGGGAAUGUGAAGAAACAGUGCUCCAACCUGGAGACGUCUAUCGCUGACACUGAGCAGAGGGGAGACUGUGCCCUCAAGGACGCCCAGGUCAAGCUACAUGAGCUGGAGGAUGCCCUGCAGCAGGGCAAGGAGGAGUUGGCCCGGUUGCUGCUCGAAUACCAGGAUCUUCUGAACAUAAAGCUGGAGCUGGACAUUGAGAUCGCCACCUACCGUAAGCUGCUGGAGAGCGAGGAGAGCCGGAUGUCUGGUGAAUACCCAAAUUCCGUGAGCAUCUCGGUGAUCAGCAGCAUUAAUGCAGGCACAGGAGGGGCUGGUUUUAAUGUGGGCUUUGGCGCCUCGAGCAGUUGCAGCUACAAAUCUGCUGCUGUGGAUGUCAAGACCAAAGGCAACUGUGUCAGAGAGCUCAAGGAUCCUCUUGGCAAGACCCCAGGCAGCAGCUGUGUAACCAAAAAGGUCUCCAGAUGACAGGCAGAAGACUGCAGAGCCCAACCACUUCCCUCUCCUCCCCCUGGGCCCUUUCCAGGCCAGGAAGUGCUUUGUCUCUUACUACAAUCACAAUCACACCCCCUCUCUGUGUUGUCCUUUCAUGUAGGAGGGCCAGUCAUGGGCUCUCUCACUGGCUUCCUUCCUGGUCAUCUUUCACUGGGUGACUGCCCCACAUGCAGAGCUAAUGCACACACCUUGGGUAUUUCCCUGCAGCCAGCUGCCAGCCCCUCUGCCCAGUGCCUUUUGGGACCUUCCCUGCCAAAGGGUUCUCUUUGUCCUCUGACUGAAAUUGUGUCCAGUUCUCUACCUCUACAAUAAAUGAU